AUGACGAGUCGACAUCCCUGUUUCUAUCGAGUUCCUCCACAGGAGUUACACAGGAGAAACCAGCUAACAGAUGCCACCCAGACUAAAGUCCUUAACACCGUCAUCAGUGUGAAGAGAACAUCACCAGCUUUGUGUUAUGAGCCUGAUUUCAUAUGGAAGGACACCAAAAUUGCAUCACUGGAGCGGAAUAUUCGAGGCCUGGAGGACGAGAUCCAAACGGUAAAGACAAAUGGCCUUUUGCACACAGAUGGCCGGGAUGAAGACUUCAAACAGAUGGAAGUCUAUAAGAACCACUCAAAGUUCAUGAAGAACAAGAUUGAUCUGCUGAAACAGGAAGUAGUAAAGAAACAGUCUGAGUCGAUGGCACUGCAAACUAAGCUUGACACACUGAGCAAUCAAAACUCGGACUGCAAACAGCACAUAGAAGUCCUGAAGGAAUCUCUCAUAGCCAAAGAACACAGAGCUAAUAUCCUUCAGGCAGAGGUGGACGCUCUACGUCUAUGUCUGGAUGAGAGAGAGUCAUUCCUAAACAAGAAGAUCAAACAGACCCAGGAUCUCAUAGAAGAGAAGGGAACACUAAACAGUGAGAUGUGUGACCUGAAGGAUAUGCUGGAGGUCAAGGAGAAGAAGAUCAACAUUCUGCAGAAAAAGGCUGAGAACCUGCAGGAGCAGUUAAAAGACAAAAACAAACAGUUGGACAGUUUGGGGGACAGAAUGACGUCUCUGCAAGCCAACUCCAGCAACACGGACACAGCUCUCGUUACACUGGAAGAGGCUCUCUCUGAGAAGACAGAAGAGGCAGAAAUGUAUAAGAAUGAAAAUAAGGAACUGAAAAGCCAACUUGCCUCCCUACAAGAGCGUCUCUCAGAGAAAGAGGUAUGUGACUCUGAACAUGUUGCUCGCUGGAACCCUGAGCUGUCAGAGCGAUUGCAGGUUCUCCAAACAGAAACGGCCCGUCAUAAGGAGGAACUGGAGAAGUCUAAUGCUGAAGUCCAGAGAUUGCUGGCUGUUUUGCGGGAGCUGCAGUCUGAACGUCUGGAGCAGGACAAGAUAAUCAUUGAGCUGGAGAGACAAGUGAAAGAACAGAACCAAAAGCAGUCUGUGAAUCCAGGACAAGCUGGAGAAAUGAGUGCUAAUACUUCAAGACAGUUGGAAGAUUUGAUGGCAGUGCUAGACAAAACCAGAAAAGAGUUAGACGCCUCAAGACAACACUUGUCGUCUACGCAGAAUACUCUGUCUGAACGUGACAAUGAGCUGAGUAGGAUACGAGCUGAUCACAGUAAACAACUAACAGAGAUCCUGCAGUUAAAAAACAUGUCGACCCCUGAGGACGUGAUGACCUUGAGAAGAGAGAAGGAGAGGUUUAUGAAUCACCAAAAACAGCAGGCACACAGUAGGAUGAAGCACGUGGCAGAACAUUAUGAAGAUGGACACAUUCAUCCACAGUAUUCUCAUCAUUCGCAUCAUGGACAGCAGCGUGUACUGAUCUCCCCCCCACCAGAGCAGGAUGAUGAGGACGGCAUAUGGGCAUGA